AUGCAGCAGACUUGGCUCGCCUCCGCCCACGGCGGAGUCGUGGCCGCGGCUUUCACGCAAAAACCCCUACAUUUUCUCCAGCAGGCCACCGCGUCUCCCGCCGCACUUCUCGGCGCGUCUCCCGCCGCAAUACCCGCACCAAUGCCGUUUCCAACCGCUCAGGCCGCAGCCGCGGCAGGAUUUCGCACGGAGAUGGCUCCCGCGGCGCCGUUUUCGUCGCCGGCUAUCGCGGCGGGCGUCGCGCCCGUGUCGUUUUCGUCGCUUGCCGCAUCGUCCGCUCUGUGGAGCGCAUUGGCGCAACAGCUCUCAUCGGCGCAACAGAUCGCGUCGGCGCAACAGCUCUCAUUGGCGCAACAGAUCGCGUCGGCGCAACAGCUCUCAUCGGAGCGACAGAUUUCAUCGGCGCAGCAACUCUCGUCGGCGCAACAACUCUCGUCGGCGCAACAAAUCUCGUCGGCGCAGCAGCAGCGGAACUUGUCGGCGGAAGAGCUGCGGAUGUCGAGCAGGGAGGGAAUGGAGGCAGCGGAGGGGGAGGGCGUCUGUACAGGCACUGGUAGUGUUGGUGCUGGUGCUGCUGCUGCUGGUGGUGGUGCUGCUGCUGGUGGUGCUGCUGGUGCUGCUGGUGCUGGUGCUGGUGCUGCUGGUGCUGGCGGUGGUGACAGUGGUGGUGGCAGUGUUGGCAAGGGAAGGACCGCGGCCAGUGUAACUGUUCAAUGCGACGCUGGUGCUGCAGGCCCUGCUUCUGUACCAUGGGCGGCUCAGUCACACACGUUACAAUCACGCAUGUUACGAGGAGGCAGCAGCAUGGGCACAGCGUCUCUCCCUUUCACUGUGAUUCCACAGCUGGUUACCGUUACAAUGGGCGAGGUGAAGCCUGAGCCAGUGGAUGCUGCCCAUCCGACCGUUGGAUGGAGGGGACGAGGCGUGGGAAGCGAUCCUGGCCGUGCAAUGGGAGAGCGAGGAGAGGGUGACGGGAGUGUUCAGCAGUGGGAGGAGCAGUUGGGAUGUGGACAAGACAUGCCGACCAGGAGUGUGCUAGAGAGUAUUUUUGGGCAAGCAGGGCAGCAGCAGCACCAUCAGUCUGCUCUGCAGUUGGGCCAGCAGCACUUUAAGCAUCCCAAGCAGCACUUUGCACCUGCUUCAGAGCAGGGCGGCGCGUCUAUCUUGCCUGGAGGGGCCCUGCCUGUGCUGCUACCAGAGCAGCAUCCUCGUUAUAAGGAUGUUCCAGCGCCGCAGCUGAGGCCGAAACGAGAAGCUUGUGACGAGGAAGCAGCGGGAGAGGGAGGAGUUGCUUCUGGAGAUGCGAGGAGGAGGAGGCUUUCCAUGGACCAUGCUUUUGUGUCACCCGGGGAUGCAGACAACUCGACUCAAAGCACGCCUCGCGAACACCACAGCUAUGCUCGCAGGGAGAACGAGCAGCUUCGCUAUAAGACUCUUCAGCAACAGCAACCAGAACGAGGGUUAUCAAUAGAUAUGCAGCAGCAGACGCAAGAGAUCAGUGUAGAGGAGAGUGAACAGGCGGAGAGAAGCGAGAGUGCUGCAAAAGACCCAGUAGUAGCAAUGGAGCCAGUGAACAGAGAGGAUGCAGUAGCUGAUUCUGAAGCAGGUGCCAGGUUAGAUUUGAGAUUGUCCCUGUGA